UUAGUGCGUAAUCUCGGGAGCCAACCCGGGUUAGAGCGGCUCCGCUCCGAAGCCUGGAGGCCGGGCGGCUAGAGCGGCCGGUCCGACUCGCCUGCUCCGGGCCAGAGCGUCGCUUCCGCAAAGAGCCGCGUGUGACCUUCCCGCCUGCGGAGCUAUGCUGCCGGCGGCCGCCAGCCGCCUGUGGGUCCCCGGGCUUGGACUGCGGGGAGCAGCCCUCCGCCUUGCCAGGCAACAGGUGCCCGGUGUCUGUGCCGCGCGGCAGUUGAGGAGCAGCAGUCACCGAAGGAGCGAAGCGCUCGCCGGUGCACCUCUAGAUAAUGCUCCCAAAGAGUAUCCCCCCAAGAUCCAGCAGCUGGUGGAAGACAUUGCCAGCCUCACGCUCCUGGAGAUCUCAGACCUCAACGAACUCCUAAAGAAAACAUUGAAGAUCCAGGAUGUUGGCCUCAUGCCAAUGGGUGGCAUGGCGCAGAGUGCCUUCCCUGCCGCUGCAGCCGCCCCUGAGGCGGCUGAGGAAGACAUACCUAAGCAGAAGGAACGGACACACUUCACCGUCCGCCUGACAGAAGCAAAACCUGUGGACAAAGUGAAGCUGAUCAAGGAAAUCAAGAACUGUAUCCAGGGCAUAAACCUUGUCCAGGCCAAGAAGCUGGUGGAGUCCCUGCCCCAGGAAAUCAAAGCAAAUGUUGCCAAAGCUGAGGCUGAAAAGAUCAAAGCCACCUUGGAAGCAGUGGGCGGCACUGUGGUUCUGGAGUGAUAGCCCGGUUGUGAGGACUUGUGGACUGGGGUUCCUGGGAUCUGGGCACAGACCUGCUCACCCCUGCUCCUCCCAGGGGGUGUGUUGGGAGCAACAGCUACUGACACAAGUGACCGCGUUCUCCUGGAGAGAGGGACAGGACGGACCUACUGUGAUGGGAGGGACAGUCACAGCCUUUGCAGAGCUCAAGAGAUUGCCUUGGGAACUUAACAAGCGAACACACCCCUUGGUGACUACUGAGAAAAUAUACUAUUCAGGCUGGG